CUACCAUUCUUGGCAGGAUGGCUUCUCAUCAUCUGCUCCUCCUCUGCCUCGCUGGACUGGUAUUUGUGUCUGAGGCUGGCCAUAUGGGAUACAGCUGUCCUCUGAUGGUCAAAGUUCUAGAUGCGGUCCAAGGCCGUCCUGCCGUCAAUGUAGCUGUGAGUGUGUUCAAAAAGGCUGCUGAUGAGACCUGGGAGCCAUUUGCCUUUGGGAAAACCAGUGAGUCUGGAGAGCUGCAUGGGCUUACAACUGAAGAGAAAUUUGUGAAAGGGGUAUACAAAGUGGAAAUAAACAGCAAAUCUUACUGGCACACCCUUGGCAUCACCUCAUUCCAUGAGCAUGCAGAUGUGGUAUUCUCCGCCAACGACUCCGGUCCCCGCCACUACAUCGUCGCCGCCCUGCUAAGUCCCUAUUCCUACUCCACCACGGCUGUCGUCUCCGAUCCCAGAAAAUGAGGAACUUCUCCUCCAGG